GCCGGGGAGACCCACCCGCCCGCUUUCGGGGCUGCCUUUGGCACAGCCAGCGUGAAGCGACACGGGCUGACAUUGGAGCGCUGGCUGCACCCCGGCGGCUUCACCAUGCCCGGGGUAUACGUAGCCUGUCAGUCUAUGCUUAUUGUCCUAGUGGGGGCUGUGCCAGAGUAUCAUAUUGACCUGGGAGAAAUUCCUACUAGCACAGAGGAGCUUGCCAGACAUGUCCAGUUUGCAGAUAACUUCACAUCUAUAGCAACUGAGUGGUACUUAAUCAAACAUGAAGCCUAUAAAGUAAACCUUGCAUCAUCCUUGUAUUUUGCUGGAUUGCUUAUUGGAAAUAUAUUUUUUGGACCAUUGUCUGAUAAAUUGGGCAGGAAACCAGUGUACAUGUCAGGUCUGCUCUUUGAUGUCAUUUUUGGCUAUGUCACAGCAUUUUCUCCAAGUUAUGAAAUUUUUGCAGUGUCACGCUUUAUUGUUGGUAUUAUGAAUGGUGGAAUGUCUCUAGUGUCCUUUGUCUUGACACAAGAAUAUGUAGGAAAGUCUUUCUGGGCAUUAACAGGCUCAUUAACAAAUUUGACAUUUGCAGUUGGCAUAGCAGUUUAUGCCUUACUGGGUUACUACAUACGUGAAUGGCGCUUCCUCGCAUUUGUAUCAAAUUCUCCAGGGGUUUUCUUCUUCCUUCUUUCUUUUAUGCUUCCAGAAUCACCAAGAUGGCUAUAUUCCCAAGGGAAAACUGCAGAAGCAGAGGAUGUGCUUCAGUACAUGGCCUGUGGUAAUGGAAAAGAAAGGUUGACUAUAAAAUUGAAACCAUGUGCAGGAACAAGGAAAAAGAAUGAUUCAGCAUCUGGUGUCUUAAACCUAAUAAAGCACCCAGUCCUUCGCUGGCGAACUAUCAUUUUGAUGUAUAUAUGGUAUGUCUGCAGCCUUGUAUACUAUGGCCUAACAUUCAAUGCUGGUGAAUUAGGUGGAAAUCUGUAUUUAAAUGUAGCUCUUUAUGGACUUAUCGAAGUUCCAGCAUUUCCUCUCUGCAUGUUUUUUAUUGAGAAAUCCUGGGCUGGAAGACGUAAAACUACAACUUCUUUUCUGAUAUUUGCGGGGUUUGCAUGUAUAUUUACCAUGUUUUUACCAGAAAAUGUUGGCUUAUUCUUCAGCCCAACUCUGUUGGCCUUGUGUGGAAAAUUGACUGUCAGUGCUGCCUUCAACAUAGUGUAUAUUUAUACUUCUGAACUCUACCCAACAGUAGUGAGAAAUGCUGGCUUGGGUGUCUGUUCAAUGACUUGCAGAUUUGGUGGUAUUUUGGCUCCAUUUGUGCCAUCCAUGAAAUCUUUUAACCCAUCUGUGCCAUUCAUGGUGUUUGGAAUCAGUGGAGUGUCAGCAGGAUUCUUGACUCUUCUUCUUCCGGAAACUCUUAAUAAGCCAAUUGCAGAGAGCAUUGAAGACCUUCAGAGUCCUAUAUACCAAAUGCUUAAAAACAAAAAGGCAGAGUAAACCAAUUAGAAGAAAACACUUAAAGCUCAAAACCCCCCACAUCCUUUUGGUGAAAAAUCAAGCAUCUUUUGGUAAAGUGCUUUCAUAUUGAAGGUGUGGAGCCACUGAGAUCCCAGAAUGGAAAUGUAAAGGGGUAUAAAGUUUAAUGCCACUUCCAAUAUGUUGAACAGUUCAUUUUUAUGUGGAGGUCAUUUGAGAAGAUGGAAAAAAAUGCCAAAAUUUGUGAAAAAAGAAUGUCAAAUCUAUGCAUUAAUUCAAUGUCUUAAUUAACCAGAAAUGUUUAGGCACAGAAUAUACAGGGUUUUUUUUUUAAAAAAAAUGCAGUAUUCCAUUAUUGUGUUUUGCAAUUGCUAGUUGUGAAUUGAAAUGAUAAAAAAUGAGGUAGUAUGUAACAAUAUAGUGUUUUUUACAAGAGCCAUCUGAUUGGAAGGUUGCAGGGCAGGUUAGUAUAUUCAGCCAUGUGAUAAAUUGUUGAAAUAAUUGUACCCUAUGCAUGCUAAUAUACUCAACAGAAUUUUUCUUUUUUAAUGUGCUUUAAACUACUUGUCUUUGUCUCUCAAUACAAAAAGACCAAAGAUUUUUUUAUAGAUUUUUAACAUUAAUAUAAAUAAUGAGAGAUAAUCAUACUGCUCAGGAAAUUUCAAAGAGAAGUAAAUUAAGUUUGAUGCCAGAUAUGAUAGUUUUUUAAAUAAGAUCCAGUUUAACAAUAAAGAAAUUUAACAAGAAAAAUUACAACAUUGAAAGGACUAAUAUUAGCUCUUGGUAGACUAGAGGUACAUUUAAAAGAUAGAGUAAAUUAAUAUUGAACAUUGUUAAAUAUUAAUUCAAAAGAUGUAAUAAACCACUAGCUAAAUCUAGCUAUAAUUGCAGAACUAGAAGAAAAUACAGGCAGUCCCCGAGUUACGCGGAUCCGACUUAUGUCGGAUCCGCACUUACGAACGAGGUUUUCUCGCC